UCAGAAACAAGAUGGCGGCCGCCUGUGUUGCGGCACGAGUUUGCGAAACACCGGGUUGUAACAGCGAAGCUAAGCUUCAGUGCCCAACCUGUAUAAAAAUAGGGAUUCCAGGGUCUUUUUUCUGUUCCCAGGAUUGUUUCAAAGGGUCAUGGUCUGAACAUAAGAAGCUUCACAAGAAAAAUAAAGAGAAUGAUGAGCAGAACAAAGGUGGUUUCAACCCUUGGCCUGGGUUUCACUUUACUGGGACUCUCCGACCCUACUCUGUGACUCCCAAACGACAGGUCCCAGACACAAUCGGACGUCCGGAUUAUGCUGACCACCCUGAAGGCGUCCCGCUGACUGAGCGCCAACUCCGAGGAACAACCAACAUAAAGAUACUAGACGAUGAGGAGAAGGAGGGCAUGACUGUUGCCUGCAGGCUGGGCCGUGAAGUCUUGGACGAGGCAGCUAAAGCAGUAGAAGUCGGCAUCACAACAGAUGAGAUAGAUUUGAUUGCACAUGAGGCAUGCAUAGACAGGGAGUGCUACCCAUCUCCUCUCAACUAUUAUGGGUUCCCAAAGUCAUGUUGCACAUCAGUCAAUGAACACUGUUUGUCACCAUGGACAAGAUCACAUGAGACAUUUUGUUGGGUACAGUUGAUGAAAAUAGCAAGAAAUUGGGAAGGUAGUUUACAGCAUGCAAUAGAGGAAGUAAAACCUGGUGUGCGAUAUCGGGAAAUAGGCAAUGUCAUCCAGAAACACGCUCAAGCCCACGGCUACUCUGUCGUUAGAAGUUACUGUGGACAUGGCAUCCAUCAACUGUUCCACACUGCUCCCAGCGUUCCUCACUAUGCAAAGAAUAAAGCUGUAGGUGUGAUGAAGCCGGGACACUGCUUUACUAUAGAGCCCAUGAUCUCAGAAGGAACAUGGAGGGACGAAAUGUGGCCAGACAACUGGACUGCUGUGACACAAGAUGGCCGCCGGUCAGCUCAGUUUGAACACACUCUGCUUGUGACAGAAACUGGCUGUGAUGUCCUCACCAGGAGGCUUGACAAAGAUGGACAAUCUCAUUUCAUGGACAAGAUGUAACAGCAGACUGAUUGCUGUUUUAUGUGAUGAUAGUGUGUGGAACUAUUUUAUUGUGGAGCAAUAUACACGUGAUGUCAUGUAUCCUUGCACUGACCACAUCACCUUGCUGGAGAAGUCUUGUCUGUCGCUGAAGAUUAUCAUGGGUGUAUAUUUGUUUGGGAUUUGGCUGAAAAGAGAAUCAUAUACAGUGAAUGUGGAAACUGUUUGUCAUUAAUAAAGUAGUGAUUGUUUGUACAUUUUCAUAAUUGAUGGGCAUUUUAUAAGAAUCUUAGCAUCAGUAUUUGAGUUUUCAAAGAAGGGUGAAACUGUUCACAGAAGCUUGACUUAUAUACUCUACCGCCAUUCUUGGUGGGAUGGAUGAGAGUGGUGGAGAGGAAGACUUGAUUCUCUAAUCAGUAGCAUUCAAAUGAAAUGGAUGAUAAAUGAUUAGAUGAUGAGUCUCAGAUUGAAUGGGACUUGAAAUUAUUUAAAAGUAUUAUUAAAAGAAGUCGCUACAGAAGAAGAUUCAGGAUUAUAAGCUCAACUAGUCAUAGCCUAGCAGAGUUUAUACAAUGUUACAAUCUGUCAUCUGUUCUACCAUCUUCCGCCAUGUGAUAACCCAAAUAUUCAAUAUGGGCACUGGAGUUCAUAACUCCAGAAGGGGGCACUGUUGUCACAUGUUAAUGACUCACAUCCCCACAAACAGGCACUUGUGUGACAUGGUCAGGUUUUAAUCCUAAUCAGCUAUGCAGAGUUAUGUUCGCUAACUGUACCAGGAUAUUGUUUUUAUCUGGUUGUGACUUCACUACGAUCCUUAAACUGUUGGCACAAAACCUGUAAAAAACUUUAAAGAAAAACUUAUCAUCUGUGUCACUUUUGGGCUUGCUUUGUUACUAAACCGUUACAUAACUGUAAUUCUUUAAACCAACCUCAAUUAUCACCAGUUGAGCACAAUUCUGAAAAUAUUCAUGACAUCCCUUCUGAUGAAAAUGACAAGCAUUUCUUUUAGAUAUGAAUUAGUCAUACUCUGUAAAAUCAAGUUUCAUUCAAACAUCACAUGAAAUCUCACAAAUCUUGCAGAAGAUAACUUUUCAACCAUACACGUUUUGCAUCUUUUAUAAUUGCUUUUCUGACUGAUGGCAUCUUACUUGAUGCUCAUGCUAUCGACCACUGUAUUGCUUGGUAUGAAAGAACAUUCACUCAUUUAAUGUUGAGGCAUGUCAGUCAUUUCAUUUUAUUAAUCUCAGUGCUGAAAUAUGUUGAGUCAAGUUAUGUGAUUGGCUUGAUAAAUCAGAUGUUACAUAUUGUCUAAUAUGUAUUAACUGCUUGAAUACAGCAAGCCAAAUCUUGCAGCUGGACGAAGAAUCAAAGUUUAAAGAUCUUCAUUAUGUAACCAUGGCAACUCUUGUUUGUAUUUGUGAUCUGUAGCUGUGUUCAUUGACUGUACAUAUACGCCAUCAUUACAUAAUUAAACAGUAAAGAUAUCGAAUUUC